AUGGCCUUUGCUGUGCAGGAGAUAAACCAACGACAGGACCUACUACCUCAUCUGAAACUGGGAUACCACAUAAGAGAUAGCUGUGACGAUAUUCCAGUUUCCUUGAAAAAUACACUUCUCCUUGCAAAUGGACAACCUGAAAAGGGCAGUGGCUCUACAUGCCUGGACAUUCACAGGAAAGUUUCACCUGUGAUUGUUGGAGAUGCAGGCUCAGGGGUGUCAAUGGCUGUUUUACGGAUUUUGGGCUCUUUUCACGUCCCCUUGGUGAGCUACUUUGCUUCAUGCAGUUGCCUGAGCAACCAAAAAGAGUUUCCUACUUUCAUGAGGACAAUGCCAAGUGAUGCAUUCCAGACAAAGGCUCUGGCCAGACUGGUCAGUCAUUUCCACUGGACUUGGGUGGGAGUGAUUGGUUUGGAGUCAGACUAUGCCCGCUUUGCCAUACAGCUCUUUCUCCAAGAAGCAGCCAGAUAUAAUGUCUGUGCAGCCUAUGUUCAUUUUCUGUCUCUGCCACUAAUCAAAGACGCUGUUGUGGAGCUGGUGAAGACUAUGAAGAAGUCCUCUGCUAGAGUCGUCCUGAGUGUGUCUGGGGACACUGAGAUGCGUGUGAUUUUGACUGAGUGCAGACGGCAGAAUGUCACCGAUCUGCUUUGGAUCGCCAGCGAGGCCUGGUCUACAUCACAGUCACUGUGGACUGAUUUUGAGGAUCUGUUGCGGGGAACUGUGGGGUUUGCGAUACGGAAAGGUGAUAUCCCAGGUCUGGGCAUGUAUCUCAAUAGUCUGCACCCCUCCCAAGACCUGAUUUCACAUUUUAUAGCAGAGUUCUGGGAAGAGACCUUCAACUGCAGGCUCAAGGGCUCGAGAGGCUCUUGUAGUGGACUUGAAGAGCUCAAUGAGGUGUACUCUGUAUACACAGACGUGUCCCAGCUCAGAGUCACCUAUAAUGUCUAUAAGGCUGUGCACCUCAUAGCUCAUGCACUGCAUGAUAUGAGCGUCUGUGUUCCCGGGAAAGGCCCCUUUUCCAAUGGGACCUGUGGGAGUCUGGCACCCGUUCUGCCUUGGCAGGUGAGCAGGGUGUAUUGUGAGGUAAACUAAUGAACAGAACCAGU